GACAACUGGCCCUUUUCUUCUUUUUUUUCUUCUCUCUACGCUGACCCGAUGGUGUUCAGAUCCCCGCUAGAGCUCUUUCCCGCCCAUUUCCUCCUGCCCGGCAUGCUCUUACCGGAGGAACCCCCUGCUUGCGCACCUGCCUCUGCUCUCCCUGGGCUCCGUUUCUCCGCGGCGCAGGUGGCCGGUGUGUGUGAGACUUUGGAGGAGACCGGGGACGUCGAGCGGCUCGCGCGGUUUCUGUGGUCCCUGCCGGUGGCCCCAGGUGGCGCGUGCUUCAUUACAGAGCAUGAGUCCGUCCGGAGGGCGCGUGCCGUGGUCGCCUUUCACACCGGGAACUACCGCGAACUCUACUGCAUCCUGGAGAACCACAGCUUUAUGCGCCGCGCCUCGCACGGUAAACUACAGGCCAUGUGGCUCGAGGCGCACUACCGGGAGGCUGAGAGGCUGCGCGGGCGGUCGUUGGGCCCGGUGGACAAGUACCGUAUCAGGAAGAAGUUCCCUUUACCAAGAACCAUCUGGGACGGCGAGACGAACACACACUGCUUCAAGGAGCGGACGCGGGGCCUGCUGAGGGAACGGUACCUCCAGGACCCCUACCCAGACCCCGCGAGGAAAAGGGAGCUGGCGCGCGCCACCGGGCUCACUCCAACACAGGUCGGGAACUGGUUCAAGAACCGGAGACAGAGAGACCGCGCAGCCGCCAACAAGAACAGGCUCGCGCACCACGGGAUGCGACCGGGAGCCAUGCUCGCUCUGGCCAGGACAGAAUGCAGCCCCACCGGAAGUGCAUGCAGCCCGGAGAUGAUCCUCUCGGUAAUGGACAGCGACUCUGACUUUGACAUCUGAAACUGCCCAUUGAUAACGGGAUACAUGCUACUAAGGGGCUUGGAUUUCACGGAGAAUUCAUAUGGACAUAUUUAUUUUUAUGUUAUGAGUUUGCUGUCUGAAAUAGACCUACAUGAUAUUUACUAUGUGCAGAACAUCCAUCUCUCUUUCUCUCUCUCUUCUGAUGCUUUUCUGACAAUCAUGGUGUUUAGUGCACCUUCCUAGUCUUGUCUAUCUGUAAAUAAAUUAUUCACCUGAUGUCAGGAAAAUUGUACAGAUGGUCCUUUGAAGCACUGUAAAGGUCUGUUUGUUGGUUUAUAAUUGACAAAUACGUACUUUAUGAAAAUAAAUGUGAAGUUGAUCAUUGUUAUGAGUUCAUUUAUUAUUGGACUAGAGUUGGUGGUUAUUCUAUAAAGCGUUGUCAUACACGGAGUCUGACUGCUUUUUGCAACGUGUUAUUUCAUCUCUGCGCGAACAAACUGGCAUCAAUUCAUGUGAAACAGCGCAGUCUGGUGGCCACAAUAACAUGUCAUUAUGCUGGCAGACGCACUACCUCCUUGGGACCACUGGAUGGAGACAACAGACUAGAAUGCAGAGCCAUUUACCUAUUUGUAUGGCUCCAACAGCAUGUCCUUGGUCUUUUACAAAUACAAUUGUAUUGGUUGUGUACACGUUUUGCAAAUGUUAUCGCAGGUAUAGCAAAAUGUUUAUAUUCCUACCGCCAACAGUACAAAACAGAGAGGUUGGGUUAAAUGCGGAAGACACAUUUCGGCAUGCGGAAGACACAAUAACUCGGACGACGCUAGGCCAUUGGUGAGAAUGCUGUACCGCACAGAAUACAGUACCAUAUUGUUUUACAUGUGUCCUGUAAAACUACAGUAACUUACUGGCUACUGUGCUGCCAGUAAUUUACUGUAAUUCAGUACCACCCCACAAAAUACAUUACCAUACUGUAUUUUUGGAAUCUAAAAACCUUUUGUGGGUGGCAUGGUACACUAUAAAACUGGAUAAAUUCUGGCUACUCAAAAAUGUUGAGGACCUAAAAAAAAAAAA